AGGCGUCGAUUAGCAAGGUAGAAGUAACAGAACCAUGGCUCAGUUUCCAACGCCUUUUGGUGGCAGCCUGGAUGUCUGGGCCAUCACCGUGGAGGAGAGAGCGAAGCACGAUCAGCAGUUCCAUAGCUUGAAGCCAGUUUCUGGAUUUAUCACUGGUGAUCAAGCGAGAAACUUUUUUUUCCAAUCCGGGUUACCUCAGCCUGUUCUGGCACAGAUAUGGGCCCUUGCCGAUAUGAAUAACGACGGGAGGAUGGAUCAGGUGGAGUUCUCCAUCGCCAUGAAGCUCAUCAAGCUGAAGCUGCAGGGCUACCAGCUGCCCUCCGCCCUGCCCCCCGUCAUGAAGCAGCAGCCGGGGGCUAUCGCCAGCGCACCAGCCUUCGGUGUGGGCGGCCUGGCCAGCAUGCCCCCGCUGCCGGCGGUCGCGCCAGUGCCAAUGGGGACCCUCCCAGUGGUCGGGAUGUCCCCCCCCCUCGUCUCCUCCGUCCCUCCAGCAGCAGUGCCUCCCCUGGCCAAUGGGGCACCCCCGGUCAUGCAGCCGCUGCCUGCGUUCGCCCAUCCUGCAGCCACAUUGCCAAAGAGUUCUUCUUUUAGUAGGUCUGGUCCAGGGUCCCAGCUAAACACUAAGUUACAGAAGGCGCCAUCGCUCGACGUGGCCAGCGCCCCGCCACUGGCCGAGUGGGCGGUGCCCCAGUCAUCCAGGCUCAAGUACCGGCAGCUGUUCAACAGCCACGACAAGACCAUGAGCGGGCACCUCACAGGUCCCCAGGCAAGAACGAUUCUCAUGCAGUCGAGUCUGCCGCAGGCGCAGCUGGCCUCUAUCUGGAACCUCUCUGACAUUGACCAAGACGGGAAGCUCACGGCGGAGGAGUUCAUCCUGGCCAUGCACCUCAUCGACGUGGCCAUGGCCGGCCAGCCGCUGCCGCCCGUGCUGCCCGCGGAGUACAUCCCGCCCUCCUUUCGGCGAGUUCGCUCUGGCAGCGGCGUGUCUGCCCUGAGCUCAGCCUCGGUGGACCAGAGGCUGCCAGAAGAGCCCGUGUUAGAAGACGAGCAGCAGCUAGAAAAGAAAUUGCCUGUGACAUUUGAAGAUAAGAAGCGUGAGAACUUCGAGCGCGGCAACCUGGAGCUGGAGAAGCGCCGGCAGGCGCUGCUGGAGCAGCAGCGGAAGGAGCAGGAGCGCCUGGCGCAGCUGGAGCGCGCGGAGCAGGAGCGCAAGGAGCGCGAGCGCGCGGAGCAGGAGCGGCGGCGGCAGCUGGAGCUGGAGCAGCAGCGGGAGAAGCAGCGGGAGCUGGAGCGGCAGCGCGAGGAGGAGCGGCGGAAGGAGAUCGAGCGGCGCGAGGCUGCAAAACGAGAACUUGAAAGGCAGCGACAACUUGAAUGGGAGCGAAAUCGAAGACAGGAACUAUUAAACCAAAGAAACAAAGAACAAGAAGACAUAGUUGUACUGAAAGCAAAGAAGAAGACUUUGGAAUUUGAAUUAGAAGCUCUGAAUGAUAAAAAGCAUCAGCUUGAAGGAAAACUUCAAGAUAUCAGAUGUCGACUGGCCACCCAAAGGCAAGAAAUUGAGAGCACAAACAAGUCCAGGGAGCUGCGAAUCGCCGAAAUCACCCACCUGCAGCAGCAGUUACAGGAGGCGCAGCAGAUGCUCGGGAGGCUGAUCCCAGAGAAGCAGAUCCUCAAUGACCAGCUGAAGCAGGUCCAGCAGAACAGUCUGCACAGAGAUUCCCUUCUUACACUCAAAAGGGCCUUGGAAGCAAAAGAACUGGCCCGCCAGCAGCUCCGAGACCAGCUGGACGAAGUUGAGAAGGAAACGAGAUCCAAACUGCAGGAGAUCGACAUUUUCAACAACCAGCUGAAGGAAUUAAGAGAAAUACAUAACAAGCAGCAACUCCAGAAGCAAAAGUCCCUAGAGGCCGAACGCCUGAAACAGAAAGAACAAGAGCGAAGGAUCAUCGAGUUAGAAAAACAAAAAGAAGAGGCGCAGAGGCGGGCUCAGGAGAGGGCCGGGCAGGGCCCCGAGCACGGGCUGCAGGACGAUGAGCUCUUCCCGCAGCACCAGGAGCCCGCCGCGCCGGCCAUCCAUGCGCCCUGGUCCACCGCAGAGAAAGGCCCGCUCACGAUCUCCGCCCAGGAGAACUCGAAGGUCGUGUACUACCGGGCGCUGUACCCCUUCGAGUCCAGGAGUCAUGAUGAGAUCAGCAUCCAGCCGGGCGACAUCGUCAUGGUGAAAGGGGAAUGGGUGGACGAGAGCCAGACUGGAGAGCCGGGGUGGCUUGGAGGAGAGCUGAAAGGCAAGACGGGCUGGUUUCCUGCCAACUACGCCGAGAAGAUCCCAGAAAACGAGGUUCCUGCCCCCGUCAAACCAGUGACGGACCUGACCACCCCCGCACCCAAGCUGGAGGUGCGGGAGACGCCGGCUCCUCCCGCGGUGACUGCGGCCGAGCCCUCCGCCGCCCCCAACAACUGGGCGGACUUCAGCUCCACUCGUGUGCGGAUGUGCAGUGAGGAGCGGUGUGCCGUGACCAUGACGGGCCCUUGGUCUUCAGGAAAUGGCAUUAAGACGGCCCCGAGCCGGGACGUGCAGUCCAGCAAAGGCACGAUCCUGAUUUUCAGCUGCCGGUCGGCCUUCCCUCCGGCCACGGCCACCGGCUCCUCUCCAUCCCCGGUUUUAGGCCAGGGUGAGAAGGUGGAGGGGCUGCAGGCGCAAGCCCUGUACCCCUGGAGAGCCAAGAAGGACAACCACCUGAACUUCAACAAAAACGACGUCAUCACGGUGCUGGAGCAGCAGGACAUGUGGUGGUUUGGAGAGGUGCAGGGCCAGAAGGGCUGGUUCCCCAAGUCCUACGUGAAGCUCAUCUCGGGGCCCACCAGGAAGGCGGCCAGCGCGGAUCCUGGCUCUUCAGACAGUCCUGCGCCUCUAAAGCGAGUGGCUUCCCCGGCGGCCAAGCCGGCCCUCUCGGGAGAAGAGUUUAUUGCCAUGUACACUUACGAGAGCGCUGAGCAAGGCGAUUUAACCUUCCAGCAAGGCGAUGUGAUUUUGGUUACCAAGAAAGAUGGUGACUGGUGGACAGGAACAGUGGGCGACAAGUCUGGAGUCUUCCCUUCUAACUAUGUGAGGCUUAAAGAUGCAGAGGGCGCUGGAACUGCUGGGAAAGCAGGGAGUUUAGGAAAAAAGCCUGAAAUAGCCCAGGUCAUUGCCUCCUACACGGCCACCGGCCCUGAGCAGCUCACCCUGGCCCCGGGCCAGCUGAUUCUGAUCCGAAAAAGGAACCCAGGUGGAUGGUGGGAAGGAGAGCUGCAGGCUCGUGGGAAAAAGCGCCAGAUAGGCUGGUUUCCUGCGAAUUAUGUAAAACUUUUAAGCCCUGGGACAAGCAAGGUCACGCCCACGGAGCCGCCCAAGCCCCCUGCACUCCAGGCAGUGUGCCAGGUGAUCGGGAUGUACGACUACACCGCGCAGAAUGACGACGAGCUGGCCUUCAGCAAGGGCCAGCUCAUCAGCGUGCUCAGCAAGGAGGACCCCGACUGGUGGAAGGGCGAGGCCGGCGGGCACGUGGGGCUCUUCCCGUCCAACUACGUGAAGCUGACCACGGACACGGACCCGAGCCAGCAAUGGUGCUCAGACCUCCACCUCCUGGAUAUGCUGACCCCCACGGAGAGGAAGCGGCAGGGGUACAUCCACGAGCUCAUCGUCACGGAGGAGAAUUACGUGAACGACCUGCAGCUGGUCACCGAGAUCUUUCAGAAACCCCUGAUGGAGGCUGAGCUGCUCACAGAGAAAGAGGGCGCUAUGACCUUUGUUAACUGGAAGGAGCUGAUUAUGUGUAACAUCAAGCUGCUGAAAGCGCUGAGAGUUCGCAAGAAGAUGUCGGGGGAGAGGAUGCCGGUGAAGAUGAUCGGGGACAUCCUGACGGCCCAGCUCCCGCACAUGCAGCCCUACAUCCGCUUCUGCAGCUGCCAGCUCAAUGGGGCGGCCCUCAUCCAGCAGAAGACGGACGAGGCCCCCGACUUCAAGGACUUCGUCAAGAGGCUGGCCAUGGACCCGCGCUGCAAAGGGAUGCCGCUCUCCAGCUUCAUCCUGAAGCCCAUGCAGCGGGUGACCAGAUACCCGCUGAUCAUCAAGAACAUCCUGGAGAACACGCCUGAGAACCACCCCGACCACAGCCACCUGAGGCUCGCCCUGGAGAAGGCGGAGGAGCUGUGCUCCCAGGUCAACGAGGGGGUGCGGGAGAAGGAGAACUCCGACCGGCUGGAGUGGCCAACCACACUGGCCGGGCCAGCACGAGGAUCCCAAGGUCCUUCGGGCCCCAGAUCCGACGCAGCAGGUGCUUUCAGAGCCAGAACCGGCAGCCUCCGCCUGACCCGCCUCCCUCCUGCCUUCUCUGGGCUUUGUCUUCCUUCUCAGCAACUCGUGUUCAACUCGGUGACCAACUGCCUGGGGCCGCGCAAGUUCCUGCACAGCGGGAAGCUGUACAAGGCCAAGAGCAACAAGGAGCUGUACGGCUUCCUCUUCAACGACUUCCUGCUGCUCACGCAGAUCGUGAAGCCGCUGGGCUCCUCGGGCACCGACAAGGUCUUCAGCCCCAAGUCCAACCUGCAGUACAAGAUGUACAAAACCCCCAUUUUCCUAAAUGAGGUUCUAGUAAAAUUACCCACCGACCCGUCUGGGGAUGAGCCCAUCUUCCACAUCUCCCACAUCGACCGCGUCUACACCCUCCGAGCAGAGAGCAUCAACGAGAGGACGGCCUGGGUGCAGAAGAUCAAAGCGGCGUCCGAGCUCUACAUAGAGACGGAGAAGAAGAAGCGGGAGAAGGCGUACCUGGUCCGUUCGCAGAGGGCGACGGGGAUCGGGAGGCUGAUGGUGAACGUGGUGGAGGGCAUCGAGCUGAAGCCCUGCCGGUCCCACGGGAAGAGCAACCCGUACUGCGAGGUGACCAUGGGCUCCCAGUGCCACAUCACCAAGACCAUGCAGGACACCCUGAACCCCAAGUGGAACUCCACCUGCCAGUUCUUCAUCCGGGACCUGGAGCAGGAGGUGCUCUGCAUCACCGUGUUCGAGAGGGACCAGUUCUCCCCGGACGAUUUCCUGGGCCGGACGGAGAUCCGUGUGGCCGACAUCAAGAGGGACCAGGGCUCCAAGGGCCCGGUGACCAAGUGUCUCCUGCUGCACGAAGUGCCCACGGGGGAGAUUGUGGUCCGCCUGGAUCUCCAGCUCUUCGACGAGCCCUAGGAGCACCCAGGCUGCGCCGGGGCCCAGCCGGCAGCCGACGCCACCGGUCGGUGCUGCUCGCCUAAGGCCAGCGUGCGGGGCGGCCACAGGCCACGGACCGCGGAGAAAGGCCCUUAGUGACGUAGGAGUAAUUCUCGACAAUCCUCCCCCCAAACAACCUCCCAUUUUAUGGACCAAAACUCUGUUUCCCUCUGUCCUCACUGCAGGCCUCAGCGCGGCAUGGAGGGGCCUGGGAACCCCGCUGCCCGCCGGCUGGGGCUCCUGCGCCGGGCCGCGGCAGGCCGGCUACCGUGGAGUCACCGGCAGUGUCUGCAGUUUUGGGGAACUCACGUCCCCGCCUGUCUCUUCCCUCUGCCAGCCUGGGACCCUGGCUGUUUAGAAAAAGUUACGAUGCCCCGGCCACCUUCUAGAACCUCAUUCCCCUCUGCGGUCCUGGCUCCGGCCGGGGAGCGGGGAGAAGGCACCUGCCGCCAUCCCAGCGGGCGGGUGGGAGCCUCCUGGCCCCUCCAGGUCUUGUCGGAUCGUGGGCGAACAUGCCCCCUGGCCGCACUCGGUGAUUGGGUCCUGACUCCCAGCAGGCGUGGGAGAUGGUGGAGGAAGCUCAUUACCUGCGGCCACGCCCUGGGGCUGUGUGGCCGCAGCGGAGAGGCUGCCUGAGCGCCUGUGGUGUCCUGGUCGCUGGCCCAGGUGGCGGCUCUCGGCUGGGGGUCCGGAAUGUUUCAUCGCCGUCGCAGCCCGUGGCCAGCUCCAAGCUGUUCCUGCUCGAAACCCGAGCCCUGAGUGCCAAGGGGGCUGCAGGAGCUGAAGUCUCCCCAAGAGGCGCCCCCGCCUGGAGAGAAGAGGGAGAGCCGGGAGGGGUAGGAAGCUGUGAAGGGUGCGUCCUGGGUGGGGUCAGACCCUGGGAUUACUCAGCCCCAUGGCGGCGGGGGGAGGGGGGGGAGCCUGGCCCGACCUCCCAACCUGCAGCCGGCCUCUCGUGACCGAACCCCGUGCUCCCUGCCAGGCAGGACGCAUGACCGCGGGUCAGGCUGGUGGGUGGGAGUUCUGUGAUUCCCCUUAAAUGCCAGGCGCUGGGGUGGUUGGUGAGAUAACAACUUGAUUUGCGCAGGACGCGUGCGGGUCCUGUUUCGUCCGCAGGUUGCUGGUCUCAGAACCCGGUUCGUUGUGGACACGAGAUGCUCUCUUGGUCCUGGAGUAGCUCCCAUGCCGGGCGGGGUCUCAGACGUUGAUUAGGGCUGUGACGCUGUCCCGGGGGUGGCGGCGACUCUGGUCGGGGUCCCUGCCACUGGGAUCCGAUGUGUCACCAUCAUCCGAGAGCCCUGCGUA